AUGGCCCUGAGCAGAGAGAUGUUCUAUUUUGGUUUUGCUUUGUUCUUCAUUGUAGCUCAACUGCUGCCAGGGUCCUGGGCAGGACUUGAGUAUUCCCAGUCGUUUCCAGGAGGGGAGUUUGCUGUGUGUGAGCCAUGCAGGCUCGGUCGGGGGAAAUGCAGGAGGGUGUGCACAGACAGUGAGAAGGCCUCCGGGAUGUGCAAGCUCAACUUCUUCUGCUGUCGGGAGAGGAUCCGAAUACGGUGA